AUGUGGGCCCACAUCCCGAAUCUCGAGUUCAACAUCAAGGACCACAACUCGGUUGAGAUGGGAAGGAAGGGCACAUACAUGGUGAAGAUAAAUUCUACCAGGCUGAGAUGGCUCGAGAUGCAGGACUUUGCGCCCACGGCAUCCUCGGUCGGGUUUCAAGUGCACGCAUCAUGCCUGACUUCGAGCCUUCGGGAGGUGAGGAUCUAUGGGUUCGGGUGUCGAGGUGUAGACGAUCUCACGAAAGAAGGUUUCUGGGAAGAAGAAACACAAGCCUCAGAUGAUUUCAGGGAAGAAAGAACACGAGCCUCAGACAUCAUCAACAGGGUUAUAUUGCGGCACAAGGCAAAAAGGGUGGAUACUUUAACACUCUCUUACGUCAACUGCAACGAGUAUCAACUGGACACGUUAAUUACAACUGCCAUCGACCGUAGCAUCCGGAAUCUUUAUCUUGAACAUAGUUUGGAUACAUUUCCUCGAUACCUCUUCAACUGCAAAACCAUUGUCGACUUAAAGCUUUAUAACUAUGGAGUGUCACUCUCUGCUGUGGACAAUGUCUCUCUGCCUAGCCUCAAGAAAUUUUAUGUUUCUAAUCUUGUGUGUGAGAAUGAUGAUGCACUUCCUCGCUUUCUUUCGGGUUGUCCGUCGCUCGAGGAGUUGAAUAUGGCAAUUCACUUUGGAUAUGAUUAUGUGGGCUGCAUAAAUAUAACAUCACCCACAAUAAAGACGCUUAAGCUCGAUAUUGACUAUAUCUUUCGUCCAUCUAACCUUGAAUAUAGGAUGAUAAUAAAUGCCCCGGCAAUUACGUAUCUCCAAGUGUAUGGCUAUGAUUUUGCUUUGGAAUGGAUAACAAUUCCUACAACCAUGAACUCCUUAGUUGAGGCGGAUAUCCACCUCAAACAUUAUUGGUUCUUCCUCUUUCAUGUCAAAACGUAUUACAAUUCCAUGGAGGUGGACUUUCUUCAUUCUCUGUGUUAUGUGAAGUGCCUAACAAUAUCAGGUCCCCGAACUCUUCCGCCGCCGCUACUGCCAUUGAGGUUGUCCGCUGAAAUUCGCGCGGCUAAGAGCCGCUGCCGCUGGGCGGCUGUUAUUAAAAAAAAAAUUGAGAUUGAAGCCGUGAAGCCGCUGCCGGAGAUUGAAGCCGCUACCGAUGCGGGAGAUUGGGAGGGUGUUGACGCCGGGAGGUGGAAGAGAGGAGAAUUCGGAUCUUAG